AUGGCAGCUUCGGCAGUGUCCUACAAGGAGCGACAGUUCCUCGCCGUCAUUGGAGAUGAAGACUCCGUAACCGGCCUUCUCCUCGCUGGCAUCGGUCACGUCACGGACGGCCCAGAUGCCCAGCGGAACUUUCUCGUUGUGGACUCGAAGACCGGAACCGCGGCGAUCGAACAAGCAUUCCAGAACUUCACGCAGGAGAGAAAGGAUAUCGCCGUGCUGCUGAUCAACCAGCACGUUGCCGAGCGAAUCAGACACAGCGUUGACUCUUUCGCGGACCCCUUUCCUGCCGUCCUCGAGAUCCCGAGCAAAGAUCACCCCUACGAUCCGGAGAAGGACAGCGUGCUCAAGCGCGUGCGCCGGCUGUUUGGAGAAUAG